AUGGAUUCCUCCUACGGCGUCUCAAAACUCCUUCUCCUCCUCUUCCUCGCCGCCUCCAUUGCCACAGCAUUACCCGAAAACAAACCCGGGUCGGGUCAAAUAAACUCCAACUCAGUCCUCGUAGCUCUCCUCGACUCUCACUACACAGAGCUAGCCGAGCUAGUCGAGAAAGCCCUCCUCCUCCAAACCCUAGAAGAAGCCGUUGGUCGACACAACAUCACAAUCUUCGCUCCACGCAACGACGCCCUAGAACGAAACCUCGACCCUGAAUUCAAAUCCUUCUUGCUCGAACCAAGAAACCUCAAAUCUCUCCAAUCUCUCCUCAUGUUCCACAUUCUCCCUCGUCGAAUCUCUUCUCCUCAAUGGCCUUCUCUCUCUCUCCACCACCGCACUCUCUCCAACGACCGUCUCCACCUCACCGUCGACGCCGCUCCCUCUCCCCGCUUAAAAGUCGGCUCCGCAGAGAUCGUCCUCCCCGAUGACGUCAUUAGACCAGACGGAAUCAUCCACGGCAUCGAGAGUCUCCUAAUCCCUCGCUCCGUUCAAGAAGACUUCAACCGCCGUCGUAACCUCCGCUCAAUCUCCGCCGUCAUACCCGAAGGAGCUCCCGAAGUCGACCCAAGAACACACCGUCUCAAGAAACCGGCUCCUCCCGUCCCCGCCGGUUCUCCUCCGGUCCUCCCGGUUUACGACGCUAUGUCACCAGGUCCUUCACUAGCUCCGGCUCCAGCGCCAGGACCCGGAGGUCCACGUGGCCACUUCAACGGCGAGGCUCAAGUCAAAGACUUCAUCCACACUCUCCUGCAUUACGGCGGUUACAACGAGAUGGCUGAUAUUCUCGUCAAUCUAACUUCCUUAGCCACCGAGAUGGGUCGACUCGUCUCCGAAGGCUACGUUUUGACCGUCUUGGCUCCUAACGACGAAGCUAUGGCUAAGCUCACGACGGAUCAGCUGAGUGAGCCAGGAGCUCCUGAGCAGAUUAUGUAUUACCAUAUCAUACCGGAGUAUCAGACGGAGGAGAGUAUGUACAACGCCGUGAGGAGAUUCGGGAAGGUGAAGUAUGACUCGUUGAGAUUCCCACACAAAGUGUUGGCUCAAGAAGCUGAUGGCUCUGUUAAAUUCGGACACGGUGAAGGCUCUGCUUACUUGUUCGAUCCUGAUAUUUACACCGACGGUCGGAUCUCGGUUCAGGGGAUCGACGGAGUCUUGUUUCCGAGGGAGGAAACUCCGGCGACGGAGGUGAAACCCGCCGCUCCGGUCGUUAAGAAAGUUGCUAAAUCAAGAAGAGGGAAAUUGAUGGAGGUAGCUUGUAAAAUGAUGGGGUCACGGUUUAUCCCGUGUGAAUGA